AUGCAUCAAAUAAUUAAUAAAAUAAGGAGCAAUUCACCAGCAUCCGAUGCUCUGCGCAAAGCGCAAAUGGAAAAAAAUCCAGGAAAGGCUCCACUACAAUUAAUCUUGGAUAUCGAAAUUCGAUGGACCACGUUACCUAGUAUGAUUAAAAGGUAUCUCGAUUUAGAAAAGUUCAUAUAUGUAGCCAUGUCGGAAUGUAACAGUCCUAUUGAUGUUUUAAAUCGAGAAGAGCAAUUAAUCUUGAGCGAUGUUUUAUUAAUAACAGAACCUAUUGCAAGAGCUAUAGAAUAUAUUAGUGGGCAAAAUUACCCUACCCGUGGUCUUAUAAUACCAAUUAUAAAUGGAUUGGAAAAAUGCAUCCAAGUAUUGGAACCAAGUUCCAAGGACGGUAUUAAAUUUAAAGAAAAAAUUUUAGAUUCAAUAAAUUUAAGAUUUAAAGAUUUCGAAUUUAAUUCUGUACUGGCAAAUGCUACAUUUUUAGAUCCUCGAUACAAAAAAGAUUCUUUUAGAAAUCCAAUGGCAGUUAUCAAAGCCCAAAAUCAAAUUAACUCUGAACUGAUUAAAAUGGUCAAAAAACCAGUAGACGAUGAAAUUGAUUUGAAUUUAUCUCCGAUAAAAAAAACCAAAGUGCCCGAUGUUUGGGACUUAGAUGAAGAGUCAAGAAUAAUGGAAAAAAAUCGCAAAAAAGCUCAUUUGGAUUCAAAUGCGAUUCAUCCAGAACUCAAUCAAUUUUACCAAAUAAAAAGAUUAGAAAGAGAAGACGAUCCUAUACAAUUUUGGAGAAAUCAAAAAGAAGCUUUACCAACUAUUUAUCCCUUGGCCAUGAAAUAUGCUGUUCGUUCAGCUACAUCCGUACCUUCUGAAAGAAUGUUUUCCAAUGCUGGAUUAACGAAGACUAAAAUAAGAAAUCGUUUGGAUCCUGAUCAUUUGGAUAUGAUAGUAUUUUUGCACUCAUGUGAAUUAGAAGAUUGGUUCAGCAUUUAA